AUGCCUGCCCUCUCGAUAACUGACUGUAUCUUUGAGUGUGCAAUGCGUCCACGUUGUAAAGCUGUAAAUUUUAAAGGUCGUAUAUUGUGUGAACUACUACUGAGUGACAACAAUACAGAUCAGGGACACUGUGAUUUUGUAAGAAAAUCUGACAUGGUGAUAAGUAAUAUACCGUGCGGAGGCUGCAGUGAUGACCAGAAAUGCGAUUUACCAAGUGGGCAGUGUGUUUUCGCAGCAACCAACGUUACGGAAUCAGUAACAGAUACCUUGACAGGAUCAACAACUGAUUCCACGAAAGAGUCAACUGCGGAUUCUGUGAAAGAAUCAACAACAACUUCAGUGACAGAAUCAAUGACAAAUAGCAUAGUAGGAUCUACAGCAGAUUCUACUGCAGAUUCAACACCUGAUACCGUGGCAGAAUCAACAACAAGUUCCAUGAGCGAAUCAAUGACAAAUACCAUAAUAAGAUCAACAACAGAUUCCGUGACAGAGUCAGUAGCAGAGCCUGUGUCAGAAUCAACAACAAAGUAUGUGACAGAAUCAACGACAAAUACCAUAACAGGUUCAACUAUUAAUUACAUGACAGAGUCAUCAACAGAUUCCGCAGGAGCAUCAACAACAGAUUCUGUGACAGUUUCAACAACUGAAUACACAGUAGCAUCAACAACAGGCUCUGGGACAGAGUCAACAACGGAUUUCGCAGUAGUAUCAACAACAGAUUCUAUGACAGAGUCACAAACGGAUUUCACAGGAGCAUCAACAACAUAUUCUGUGACAGAAUCAACAACGCAUACCACAGUAGAAACAACAACCGAUUCUGUGACAGGAUCAACAACAGAUUCGGCAGUAGCAUCAACAACAGAUUCUGUGACAGAGUCAACAACGGAUUUCACAGUAGAAACAACAACAGAUUAUGUGACAGAAUCAGCAACAGAUUCCGCACAAGCAUCAACAACAGAUUCUGUGACAGAGUCAACAACGGAUUUCACAGUAGAAACAACAACAGAUUCUGUGACAGAAUCAGCAACAGAUUCCGCACAAGCAUCAACAACAGAUUCUGUGACAAAGUCAACGGAUUUCGCAGUAGCAUCAACAACAGGUUCUGUGACAGAGUCAUCAACGGAUUUUGCAAUAAUAUCAACAGCAGAAUCGGCAGUAGCAUCAAGAACAGAUUCUGUUAUAGAGUCAACAACGCAUUUCACAGUAGAAACAAUAACAGAUUCUGUGACAGAGUCAAAAACAGAUUCCGCACAAGCAUCAACAACCGAUUCUGUGACAGAAUCAACAACGGAUUUCACAGUAGAAACAACAACAGAUAAUGUGACAGAGUCAACAACGGAUUUCGCAGGAGCAUCAUCAACAGAUUCUGUGACACAGUCAACAUCGGAUUCCACAGUAGCAUUAACAACAGAUUCUGUGACAGAGUCUACAACGGAUUCCACAGUAGCAUCAACAGCAGAUUCCGUGACAGAGUCAACAACGGAUUCCACAGUAGCAUCAACAACAAAUUAUGUGACAGAGUCAACAACGGAUUCCACAGUAGCAUCAACAACAGAUUUUUUGACACUUUCGACAACGGAUUCCACAGUAGCAUCAACAACAUAUUUUUUGAGACAGUCAACACCGGAUUCCACAGUAGCAUUAACAACAGAUUCUGUGACACAGUCAACAACGGAUUUCACAGUAGCAUCAACAACAGAUUCUGUGACACAGUCAACAAAAGAUUUCGCAGUAGCAUCAACAGCAGAUUUGGUGACACAGUUAGCAACGGAAUCUACAAUGACAGCAUCUACAACUGCUUAUGUGGUAGAUUCAAAGAUAAGUACAAUAACAGAAUCAUCAAUAAAUUCCGUGACAGAAACACCAAAAGGCUCUGUGACAGACACACUAAACGAUCAAGCCGAACUUAAAACUAACUGUUAUUCCGUGAGUGUACAAGCAACUGAUGAAUGGUGCAUGACUAAUUGUAACUUUGUUCCUCCUUACUGUCCAGCUGGCUUUUGUGAAUGUAACUGA